AUGGACAUCUCCCAGGUCCAGGUACUGGUCUUUACGACGGACUACCAUCUUUUCAAAUUAACGCAACGCGAGCCCGAGUGGAGGCCCGACCAUGUUCUCUAUUGGGGUGAGGCCAAGGGCUGUGUCGUCACCAUUUGGAGCGAGUUUGUGUCCAAGGUCGACCGCCGUCCCGGCCCCGAGGAGGCACCGGGGGCCCAGACGGGUCUGCGCUUCAUUGUUCCAAACCAGAAAACUGUCGAUCUUGAUCUGCGGACUGAGAUGAUCAAUAAUGUAGGCAGAGUAUGCUUCAGGCCGACGGACAAGAUCCUUGCUCUUCGCCUCACUGACUUGGGCGCGCCACGCGUCAAGGGCAACGAGGUGAGCUGGCAAAUUCGCCCAGUACGUUGCUCGCCUCGCCUGGUACUUGGCCCCCUCCUCAGAUCUCAAAAGUUUUGA